UUAAAAAACUUUAAAGCUGAUGUAAUCCAUAUAUCUGCCACAGCCACCACCACCACCAUAAAACGCGUCCCUCGCAUUCACUUCUAUCUUCCAUCAGACCAAGCACCCCCACUCUCUCUCUCUCAACCAUCGGAAAUGGCGGAAAACGCCGCCUUCUCCUUCUUGCUUACUCACAUUCUCCUCGUUUCCGCCCUCUUUUUCCGGCAUAGCUUUGCUGCUUCGCGUAGCGUCGACUGGCCGUUCACCACCACCGUCUUCGAUGUCUCCGCUUCCAUCCAGGGAACUCGCCAAGUCCUCUCCUUCGACCCACAAUCCUUCCAAGAAGUUCCCACCAUUACCCAAACUACUACUACUACUACUUCUUCCUUCUCGGUGUCGGUGCAUCCCCGUUCAGCUCUGCACAGGCCUACACACAAGGACUACAAGGCCUUGACGCUUUCCCGACUCGCCCGCGACUCGGCCCGACUCAAUUUCAUCCGGCUGAACAUCGAGUUCGCCAUCAAUGGGUUUAACACUUCUCAUCUCCGGCCCGAAAAAACGACCACGGUUUUCCGGCCGGAGGACUUCCAGUCGCCGCUCACCUCUGGCGUCAGGAUGGGCAGUGGCGAGUACUUCUCCCGGCUGGGGGUCGGCCGGCCGGCCAAGGAUUACUACAUGGUCGUCGACACCGGCAGCGACGUCAGCUGGCUCCAGUGCCUCGCCUGCACGGAUUGCUACCAACAGUCCGACCCGAUAUUCGACCCGUCCAAAUCCUCCAGCUACCGGUCUCUCCCCUGCGGGUCGCCCGAGUGCCAGGCGCUCCAGGACAAGGCCUGCCGCGCCGGCCAGUGCCUCUACGAGGUGUCCUACGGCGACGGCUCCUUCACUGUCGGCAACUUCGCCACCGAAACCCUGACGUUCGGGAGCUCCGGGUCGGCCAACAACGUCGCGAUCGGGUGCGGGCAUGACAACGAAGGGCUCUUCGUCGCCUCGGCCGGGUUACUCGGACUCGGCGGCGGCCCGCUCUCGCUGACGUCCCAGCUCAAGGCGACGUCCUUCUCGUACUGCCUCGUCGACCGGGACUCCUCCGCGUCGUCCACUCUGGAGUUCAACGCCGCCCUACCCGGAGGCUCUGUUACCGCCCAGCUGCUCCGGAACCCUCGGGUCCGGACCUACCGCUACGUGGACUUCACCGGAAUCAGCGUCGGCGGCCACUCCCUAAACCUCCCCGAAUCCCUCUUCGCGGUGGACGAGGCUGGCCACGGCGGCGUGAUCGUGGACUCGGGAACCGCAGUGACUCGACUGAACUCACAAGCCUACGACUCGCUGCGCGACGCGUUCCGGUCGAUGACUCAGCACCUGCCGCGCUCCGGAGGCAUCUCGAUCUUCGACACGUGCUACGACCUGUCGGCCUACAGAAAGGUGGCCAUCCCGGAGGUGGCGUUCUUAUUUCCCGGCGGGAAGAAGCUGGCAUUGCCGGCGAAGAACACGAUUGUGCCGGUGGACGAGAGUGGGACGGUGUGUUUGGCGUUCGCGGCGACGGAUUUUCCGAUUUCGAUUAUCGGAAACGUGCAGCAGCAGGGGACACGUGUCAGCUACGAUAUGGCCAACUCAGUGAUCGGGUUCGCUCCCCAUAAUUGCUGAAAAAGUGGAUGUCUGAAAAUCUAAAUAAUAGGAUUUGUGGGUGUGUGUAAUUUUACUCUUUUUGCCCUCUUUAUAAAAUUGUGAAAUCAAAUGAAGCAAUAGCAGCAGCAGGACAGGACAGGACAGAUAGGGGGUUUGCGUUGUAAUACUUGAUAUUUAUGAGGGGUAUAGUUGGAAAUGAAUGAAAGGUGGGGCCUAUCUAUUAAUAACAA